GCAUGCAAGUUCGUUGCAAACCUAACCUCAAAUUCAAAUGUCAAAGUGAAAAGGGGUUUGUUUACAAAAAAAAGUCCUGUGAAUUUUUCCCAUUUUCCUAAAAUUUCAACAGAAAAUGGAUGAGGAAAAUGAAUUGUGUAGAUAUGGAACACCUCUUGAUCCUAUUGAAGAGGAUCAAGUACCAUCGAAGAAGCCCAUCGCAAAGGAGGAUCAAAUAGCCGUGGAUGCCAAUGGCAGGAGGAGAUUUCAUGGGGCAUUUACAGGGGGCUUUUCCGCGGGCUUCUGGAAUACAGUGGGCUCACAGGAAGGAUGGAAGCCGCAGACUUUCAAGAGUUCCCGCAAAGACAAAGCAGGUAAAGUUACACAGAGUAUUGAAGAUUUUAUGGACAGUGAAGAUACUGGAGAGUUUGGGAUUGCGCCCAAAAGGAUCCAGGCUCAGGAGGAUUUUACAAGUGGAUCAGGAGGGCAAAAAAGAAAGUACACAGUUGCCUUUGAGACGACAAAUUUGGAAAAUGUGUUGCAGAAGUUGAUGAUGCCAUCACGGGAUAACAUUGGGACAAGAUUGCUACGGAAAAUGGGCUGGAGGGAGGGUCAGGGAGUGGGUGUUCGGCUUACCAAGCGUGCUAAGAAGCAGGCUGAGCGGCAGCACAGGAAAGAACAGCAACUAGCCAGGAGAUAUGGCUGUGAUCUCGGUCUCAAUGAAAAAUCAGAAGAAGAGUCAAGUUCUGACGAUUCAGGUGCAGAAGUUACCUUUGCUCCAGAUGAUUUUGACACCUUCACCAUCUCUCCCAAGGACAAUACCUUCGGUUUGGGAUAUUCCGGCCUGGAUCGGAGCCUCGUGCACCAAAAGCCGGGGAAGUCUGAAGCUUUUGCAAUUCUAGGAAAGAACAACCGGAAGAUGAUGAUUUCGGGAAAGGGAUUUGGGCUGGGAGCUCUGGAGGAUGAUGAUGAUGAGGAUAUUUAUUCAAGAGAUGACAUGACGCAGUAUGAUUUCUCCCUGGAUGAUCAGAAAACUCCCAAGAACCGGGGAAAAGUUCAAGGAAUAGAAAUGGGAACACUUGAGGGAUUUUUGGCUGCAGCUGAUCCCACUACUGGCAAGUUCUCAUGCAAAAUCUUCAGAAUAGACCUUCCACGAGACUUCCAGCCACGCCAUUUCCUCCAGCGGAAGAGCAGAUUUGCUCCACUUCCUCUAGAAAUUGAGAAACAUCUCAAAGAAAGUUUUAAGAGCGAUAAGCAUGCCCUCUCUGAUUCAAAACCAGAAUCUAGUCGCCAAGGUACAUCCCAGGAAAAUCCUCCCAAAAUCCAGGAGCCACAGAAACCACAGAGAAACUACAAACUCUUUCUCAAUGAUCCGGAUAAACAAGAGAGGUUUGAUAAAUUCCUGGAAAUCAGCGAAAAAUCCAGCGAAGCAGAAGUCAAGGCAUUUUUUCAAGCCAAUCAACCUCUCAAUCUCUCCCAGUAUGCCCGGGAAAUGGAACAGAGGGAAUUUCUGCAGGCUAGAAAAAUGCACAAACCCCUAGCGGGACUCAUGUCGGAUCGUUUCGUCUCGGAAAAUACUCUAAAAUCCACGGAGGAGCCUGAAAAACCUUCCCAGGAGAAACCUGAAGAAGUCCUCGGGCAGACAGAAGGUCCGGAUAAUACUGGGUUCUAUAGCAAAAGGGUGAAGGUAAUGUGGAAGCCAGAUUCUCUUCUCUGCAAGAGAUUCAAUGUACCCGAACCAUUUGGCGGGAUGAUGACAGGGAAGGAAGAGAAGACCAAGCAUAGGAAGAGUUCCAACAUUUUCGAGUGCCUGAGGGAUCCAAUAAGCCAAAGGAUAGAUUUUACAGCGUCCAAAAUCCAAGAAAGUCCUAAAGAAAUCCCUCAAAUUGUCGAACGAGUUGAACCUGCAAAGGUUCAGACGGAAAUUCCUCCUGAAAUGCCCAAAAUUCAACCUGAGCUUCCUCCUCCCGGACGUCCAGAACGUCUAGAACCCAAGGAAACCAAAGAAGUGCCUCCGCCGAUUAAGCGUCCCAAAAACGAGCUGGAAAUGGCAGUUUUGGAAGCCAAAGACAAGCAUCCAGCUGACAAAAAGGAUCUCUUCAGGGCGAUUUUUGAGGAUUCCGAGGAAUCAGAGGAUGAAAAGGAAGAGGAACCUCAGGAGAAAGUCCCUGUCAAGGAAGAUAUCAAUCCGCUGAGAAACCCUUCAGAGCCCCAAGGGAUUUUCUCAAAAAUUUUCUUCGUGCGUAAAGCUGCAGAAAAGAAGAAGGAAGAGCUAGAGAAAAAUGCCCAAGAUGCCAGAGAGACGGAGAAAAUUCAGGAAAGCCCAAAGGAUGAAGAUGAUCCAGAGAUUUUUGGUCCUAAGUUGCCUCCGCCAACAUUUCAGAACCCUGCAAAAGUCAUUCCAGCACGAAACUUUCCGGAGACUCUUGGGAUAAUAGGCGAUAGAAAAGGAGAAAAAUGGGUGGAAAAAAAUGAAGUGGAUAGGAAGAAGAAAAAGAAAGAAAAGCACUCAAAGGAGAAGAAACACAAGAAAAGAAAAAAGAAGCACAAGAGCAGAGAUUGAGAGAAUUUUUUUGCAAAUUGAGGAUAAAACGUUUGAAAAGUUUGCAAUAUUAUCCAGAAUUAAUUUUAAACCUUGAUAAAAAUUUAAAACUGAAGAAAAUGUAAAUAAAUAUUUGUUUGUUCAAUUA